AUGGCCGCCGUCAAGCGGCACAAGCCGACGCUUCUUGAUCCAAGCUUGCCUUCAGAGAGAAUCUUCAGUGCUCUGUUUCGCGGCGACCUGCUGUUUGUACAAAGUGCAUCACCCUACUUCGAUUGGCAGAAGGUGAGCUUGAAGUAUGGCACCACGCUCCAGGCAGUCGUGGCUGGCGCAAUCUGGGAUUUCGAUGAAUCCGACCGGAAGUUUGAAGAGCGAAUGGAGCUUCUCUCCUGGUGCAUCUCUCGAGGUGCCGAUCCGGAUCAGCAUUCGCAUGAGAAGGUCUUCGGAAGAGUACCGCUGGACACCACUGAUCUGUGUCUCGCAGGGAGCUCUGCCAGAUCCCUCGUACGCACUGUCGAUACCAUCUGCUUCGAUGACUUCAUCUCAGACUGUGACCCCCAGGCUUUGCUGCCGGGACGCCUGAAAGCGAUGCAGCAGUUGCUGGCAAGAGCAGUAGAUCGGCCAAAGUGCCAUCUGGUUGUCGAGUCGGUCGUGGGCCACAUGUGGGCCGAGAUCUGCCGAGACCCGGAGUUCGCCGAUGUCACCAUCCUCAGCCGGCCCAUGACAGAGAGAAAGCUGCGCUGCGUCUUCCUUGCCCACUCUGUGCUUCUUUGCCAUGCCUCGCCAGUUUUCAAGGCGAUGUUGACAAACAAGGCAUGGCAAGAAGGUGGGAACCAUCGCAUUGUCUUGGAUGAGCCCCCGGCGGCUGUGAACACCUUCCUCUCGCUGCUUUACAGCGGGUGCUUUCCAGAGGAGGAGUGCAGCUGCCAAGACAUCGUCACUGUGGCUGAGAUGGCCGACAAGUACCAGGUGGAGCGCAUGAUCCCUGGAUUGUUGUCCCAGAUGAGGAGUCGAAUGACGGUUGACAACUUCGCGAGCAUUUGCUCCUACGCUUUGAAAUACAUCGACUUGGCCUUGAUCCGCGACUGCGAGACCUUCGUACAGGAGAAGGCCCGCCAAGGCGAGAUUCGCCCGGACGAGCGUUGGUGCAACGCAACGCACGAGACGAUGAACUUCAUCGUUGACACCUUGAACCUCUAUGCCUUGACCGUCAAGAGACGGAUUCUGUGA